AUGGCGUGGCCCUGCAUCAGCCGCCUCUGCUGCCUGGCGCGGCGCUGGAACCAGCUGGACCGCUCCGACGUGGCAGUGCCGCUGACCCUGCACAGCUACUCGGACCUCGAGAGUGACGAGCCGGGCCCAGGCGGCGCCGCUUCCCGCAGGGGCCCGUCCCCUGCGGGCGCCCGGGACCCCGUCCGGGACGUGCCGCUCACUCAGUACCAGCGGGACUUCGGCGUGUGGACGGCGCCCGCGGGGCCCAGAGAUGCUUCGCAGGGGCGCGGGUCGGGUGCGGGCGGCCGCAGGAACAAGCCCCCCGCGGCCCCUGGCCGGGGUGUCUACGUGCUCCCCAUCGGCGACGCGGACUCGGCUGCGGUAACCACGUCUUACAGACAGGAGUUCCAGGCCUGGACCGGAGUGAAGCCGCCGAGAUCCACAAAGGCAAGAGCCACCACAGUCCUCACAACCCACAGCUCCGGAUGGGACCGCAGCCCUGGGGGCAGCUUCCAGGCCCCUGAGGGGAGGAAGAAGUUCACCCCUAACCCAUCAGCCAUCUUUCAGGCUUCAGCUCCCCGGAUCCUCAAUGUGUGACCGGCCACAGCGGAGUCAGAACCCACUGCCACCAAGACGGGGCUGUCCUCAGCCACUCAGGGACUCGGGUGAGAUCCUGGGACUGGCCCUCUGCUGUCUGAGGGGAAGGGCCCGUCUUGCGUGGGCGCCACUCCUCCCCAGCUGCCCCCCGGGCUGUGGGCCUGGCGCAGAUGGACACUGGCACCACCCAGCUCGGCUUUGGGCCUGAACCAUCCUCUUGUUCCUUGACGACUGUACAGAAGGCUUCAGAUCUUUUUUUAAUUGCCUCUUUUGGCCACCCUUCAGUUUUUAAAUCUGAAGAA